UCUUUCCUUUCUUUCUUUCUUUCUUUCUUUCUUUUUUUCCUUUUCUCUCUUUUCUUCAAAUAUACAUAGUGGUAUACGUCCAUGGUUGAUCGUGAAGCUGUACUGAAGCUAUUACAACAACGUCAUUGUGUAUUCUUGAAACCAAUUUUUUACGAUGAUUGGUUGAAAUCACAACCUACUUUGGCAUCCAACAAUCUAGAACAGCAUUGUCAGGCACUCUAUCGUCAUUUUCUCAACUCGGAUAUCACUGUAUCAAGUCAACCUGUCUUGCAAAACACUAGGAUUCCACCAAAAAUGGUACUACAGCUACAAGAUACUACAGAUACUUCUCACUCCUUAUUUUCACUGGUGGAUGAUCUAGACAAAAACGGGAAGAUCAAGAGAGGGCAUUUGAAAUGGAUCAUGACAGACGGGACUCGGGAUAUCAUGGUGUACGAAUUAGAACAGGUUGGCUCAAUGCAACUAUUAACACCCUUUGGCUCCAAGGUCUUGAUUACCUCAGCGCAGUACAUGAACGGACUCUUGCUGGUCAAACCGGAAAACAUGACUCUCUUAGGUGGUCAAGUUCGCGCACUUUAUGGUGACACUAUGGAAAAGGAACUACAGCGACGCUUCAACAAGAAAUUAGAUGAACAAACCACUCAACGUAGGACUACAUCAAACUCCAUAUCGACUGCACAAAAUAGAGCAAAUCCACCCAAAUCAUUGUCUAUUUCCAGAACAACAACGACAUCAACAUCAAUACUAUCACCUCUUCCAUCAUCGUCUUCUUCAAGCUCUUCACAGUCAAUAAUGCGCUCAUCAUCAUCUUUUCAAUCUCCUGAAAAAAUCAACUCUCCAACAUCUACAUCUCGAUCACCAUCAAAACUAUCUCUUCGAACAGCGAAACGUGGUAAUUCUACAACGAAAAAUAGCAAUACUACUACUACUACUACUAUAACCAAUCACCAACCAAUAACAACUGUACAGACUAGUACACAAUCAGUACAUGACGUAGUGGAUUAUCCUGGAGCGGAAGAUCUAAUUGGAAAGAAUUCAAAAAUAGACCGUAUAGAUGAUGGAUUAAGUACAAAUAAACCGAUUACCGUACCCGAAUUACGAAUGCUGUUACAAAACAUCGAUGAAAACAAGCUUACAGAGGAUUAUGACAAGGUGACUGUACAGAUACAAGGAUGUGUGAUUAGAACAAUGAAAGUUAUACCAAACAAAGGAAUUUAUCUGACAGUGGAGCUUUUGGAACAUAGUCAUGACAAGAAAAUUAUUGCUACCUUUAUGUACAACGGAAUCGAUUCACUGUAUGAAGGCUAUACCCUGGAAGAGUUGUCACAAAUGAGAAAGACAUCUGGUGUCCAUACCGUUACAGAAAAGGUAUUUGCACCUCUACGACGUCGAUUCAAUAAUAUUAGGGCUGAACUGGAAAUUGAUUUGACUUUGACAAUGAAAGAUGACAAGUAUGGAUUGAUUCGAAAGGGCAUCAAGUUUACCCCUCUCCCUUCAUUAUAGAUAUUGUAUCAAAUAGUUUGCUCUUCCUUUUAUUAUUAUUAUUAUUUCUCGCAAUGUAUUUUUAUAUAUGUAUAUGAAUAAAGUGAUUCUGUU